UGAGGUGGUAUUUUAGCUUUGCUGUACGGAGUACAAUGUCCUUGAUCCCUUCUCAUUUGGUUUUGAUUUUAUGUGGAUAUAUACCUGAUCCGAUAAUGCAACUUGUUUUAAUUUCCCUCUAAUCUGUCUUCCCUUUUGAGAGGAAGGGGAGAAGAAAAAUCCACCCUCAAGAAAAGCCACUAACUAACGUUUUCCAUCCUUGAUUCUAUCCUUCUCCCCAGUUGCAGAUAUAUGACAUCACAUCAUUUUUACAGUUAGUAGAUCACGUUAUUAACAGGACUUAUGCUAGUUUUCAUUGCAAAUUCUAUAAAUUAGAUAUAGCUACAUAAAUUCAGGGCUUUGGAGAUGUGAAAUGCUUUUCAGAAUCUAAAUAUUAUAUCUGGUUCCAAGGUUGCAUACGCUGCGUAUGUAGCUUCCUACAUCUAAUUCCGCUACUAUUAUUUCCCCAUCACUAGCCACAAUGUUUGAACUUCCCACGGAGUCCUCAGUUUCACGGGAAUGAGAUUAUUGCUGGUUUGUUUCAAGAUGCACCAAGCCGGGGUCCCGUUUCUGCCUGUCUGGUUGAGUCCCCAAGCCAGCCCAGGUUUUUGUUGCUCUUUGACGCUCCUGACGGGGACGACGGGGGAGGUUUGUCUCACAUGUGAGAGAAAAGGCAAAAAUCCCAGCCCAUCCCAGCCUGUCUGUCAUAGCUGUCAUUGCCCUGUCAAGAGCGGUUUUCUCGUGUGGUGAUAGGGUAGGAUGAUGGUCAACAGCCUCGCCACUCAGCUCGUCUAUUUAGUUAAGCUAAUUGGGAGAUUUUACUCUUUAAUGGCGGGAUGGGAUGGAGGCUGAGCAGGUUGAGCUCCUCUUCUUUUCCUUCAUCAUGCGCUGAAAAUCUCUCUGCUCUGGUGGUCUGCUCUGAUUUUGUGAAAAAAGAAAGAGGAGCGACCCCUGUGUGUGUACAGAGUUAUUUGUUUGUGUUGUGGCUCGAGGUGUCCUUGGCCCUGGCGGGCGUGGAUAGUAUUUAGUUAAAUAUUGCCUGUUAUCCACUCCACUAUCAACAGCGACGGGAUGCUGAGACAAGACAACCGACCCGGGACUAAGACCGCGCAAAGCUGUAACUAAAUCGCUGCAGUUGGGUCCGCCUCGCGUCUGCGUUCUCUGUCAAAUCCCUUUCCUUGACAAGAACCUGCUGGGCAUCGUUGGGAUUGACUCGCUCGAGAAACGUUUGAACGCCUGAAGAACCGGAUUCUGCUGCUCCUGAGCGCUAUCCCACCCAUCAGGAGCGCAUCCUCACCGUGUCUGUCUGUGACAACUCUCGCCGUCCCUCCAGGUCGAGGAUCUCCCUGUUUCGGUCUCUUUUUUUACUGUUUCCUCCUGUGAAUAAAGCAUAUCUUAUCUUACAUAUUGACAUUUUCUAUCUAUCCCUAAUACACAAUAAACAAAUACAUCCAUUCCAACCAGACCCAUGCCAUGUGCUCCAACUUGAUGCGAUGCUCCUCCACCUUUCCCGUCCCUCAAUAAAUCGAGCCUCCUCCAAUCCUCCUGAACCUCGAACAACAAGGACAGCAGCCUCAUCAACUUCACCAACCUCACCUACAACGGCAGACAUGGUAUCCCACCCAGACACUCCCGGCCGCGCCUUGACAGUCCCCGCCCCCACGUCCGUCGCUUCCUCCUCACGCGUCUCCCACUCUCAUCGCCGUCACCACGGUUAUUCCCACUCCCAACAUCAACAUUCCCGCUCCGGCCGCUCACAUCAUGGUGGUUCUACUCGCCAACCUCAAAAUCAAUUCCCUAUCUUCGCCGCGACGGGAGAUGUCGAGAUCGUCAUCCGUGCAUCAGCGCAGGAAAGGCGCUAUUUACUCCAUCGCCUGAUCUUGGCGCGUUCUUCGGGCUUUUUUGAUGCGGGCACGAGUGAAGAGUGGUCGCGGGUACAGGCGGUGAGAGAGGCCCAUAUGGUAGAGGGGGGUGAUACGAACGACAAUGGCGAUUCUAAUGCGGAGCGCGGGCUAGCAAUUAUUCCUGAUGAAGAUGGGGGCGGAGAAGAAUUUGUUGCGCAUCAUCGGCGUGCUUCGUCGGCACCCUUGAAGACGCGGUGGAGGUAUGAAUUGGAUUGGGAUAAUAGGGAGGAAGAUGAGAUGCCGAUUCUUGUGCAGAAGCCACCAUCCCAAAACAACUCGAUAUUCGGCGGAAACUAUCGCCCACCCAAACCCCCACCCGCCCGCACAAAACCUCCCCCACCACAACAAGGCUUCUUCCGCUCCAUCACCAGCCUUACCGGAAUCCAAUCCGCUCUCCACCUUCCAAGCACCACGACAUCAACUUCAGUAGCAAAGACCGCCAUCGAAGAAACCCCCCUUGACCCCACAAUCUGCGACUAUGACAAUCUCUUCCGCAUCUUCUAUAACUAUCCUCCACAGCUCAACGCCGUAAACAUUGCCUCCGCCUAUUCAGAAUGUAAAUCCCUCCUAAACCUCGCUGACAUGUACGACGCCCUUCCUGUUGUGGGACCCCGCGUCGACCAUCACCUCCUGCGCUUCUCAUCCCGUCUGUACAAGCAAAUCGCAAAAUAUCCCCCCAGCUACCUACGACUGGGCUACCUAGCCCGAAGCCAUGUAAUAUUCACAGAAGCCCUAAUCCAUGUUGUGGGCCAAUGGCCCGCCGCGCUACCACAUUUGGGUCAUGGUUCAUACUCACCCCUACCGGACCCCGUGCUAGAUCUCAUUGAGGAUAAAGUAGAGGAUCUAGAAGAUUUGAAAGCGCGUGUGGAGGCGAAGUUGUUCCGAUUAUCACUAACGACCUCGAGAGGAGAGCGGGUUAGCCCUUUCAAUGCAUAUCUGGAUUGGUUAGCGGUGUCGCUGUUUCGGCAGUGGCUUGUGGAGAACACAACACCCCCCCCGGCAGGGAUAUUGAAGGCGUUGUCGUCACAAUCGCAGUCCCGAGGAGGAGGGAAUAGCAAUUAUAGUACCGGUAGCGGCGCUCUCGCGACAAGCAAUGGCUACGGCGAUACUAGCACCGUGACAGCGGCGAAUUCAAAUAAUAACAGGAAUAAUAUACCCACAACCACGAGCACAACAACAACAACAACAACAACCAUGACUAGCGCAGGCGCUUCUAAUAAUAAACAUUAUAGUCAAAUCACCCCCCCUUCCUCCCCUUACUCUCCCGGCCGCACAUACCGCCUUCUCGGCUCCCCUUCAAACCAGGCAUACCUCCCGCACGAGGAACUAAAGAGAUUCCUCAAACAGUCCCAUACAAAUUCGCAUGACUCGCUUUACUCGCGCGAGAAUCUGAAGAGAUUCGAGCGCAAGAUGGAUGAAAUUAAGAGACUGGCGAGAGAUAUUGUGAAGCCGCUUAUGAGAAAUUUUCUGGAAUUGGAUUUGAGGAGUUUGAGCGGCAGCGGAACGGAAGAUGCCGGAGGUGUUUUGCUGCCGUAUUUGACGUGUACGAGGGUGGAGGAUGGGGAUUAUCCGUGGGAGUGAGCUAUAUAUCUGUAUCUGCCUUGGCUUUCGAGUUGACAAGGUUUCAAUUAGGGUGAGCUGUGUUGGGUUGGGUUGGGUUGAGGUGAGGUGAGGUGAGGUAAGGUAAGGUCAGGGUGAAGAGUUUGUUCCUUCUUUACGUCCUUUUCCUCCUUUCUUGUCUUUAUUCUAUUAUAUUUGUUCUACCUCUUUUUAAUAUUCUUCAUGUGGACGGCGAUAUUACCCCUGAGUGGUUUUUUCAUUUCAUGCACUUCCCUUUUGGAGAGGGAUUGAGUCUCGUCUUUUUUUCUUUUUUCCUCCAAUUCAUUUUGUUUUCUUGUGUCACUUCUAUUAUUUUCACGCGUUUUCCCAAACUGUGCUCACGAAACGAAUAUAUGAUAUAUACCCCCCCCUCCCACUUUAACUUCCCAUCUUAUCUCUCUACAAGCAUCCCUCUUGUGUUAACUUCUUCCCUUUCCCCUUUUUAUUUAUUUCGUUGAUGAUUGGAACGCGACGUAAAUGACUAUUUCAUAUCUUGUUCUUUCCUUUUCUAUUUCCUGUUAAUAUAUGCAACAUGAUGAUAUCAUAUUAUGGCAUGGAGAUCGAUAGUUAAUAUGAGUUACCUUGGUAGAGGCAGGUAGUUGAUCAGUCACACAGUGUAAUCGAUGUAUGUAUGUAUGUAUUUAUCUAGACUAUGAAACGGCAGAAUGUUAUAGGGAGGAGAGUUUUGAAUGUAGAGUAUCAAUGUGUAUGUAUAUACAGAUUUUUUCUUUAAAACUCUGGAUAAAAAUAUCUGUAUAUAUGGGAAAUAGAAUGAAAACAUACUCUAUGCUUCUAUCGUACAUUUGAGUAUCAAUAUUCCCUAGAAUCUACUAUUUACAAUGUAUACGCCCACCCAGUAUCC